AUGGACCGGGGUCGUGCUGACGCCCGCCUGCGGAUCGUUCUGGGACACCUCGGGCGGCCCGCAGCUGAAACUGUGAUAGCUCAUCCCACUUCGGGACCUGUUUCAACUGCCAGUUUUCCUCAACAUUUCCAGUAUACGCUGGAUAAUAAUGUCCUAAGCCUGGAACAGAGACAAUUUUAUGAAGAAAAUGGAUUUCUUGUCAUUAAACAUCUGGUAUCUGAUGCUGAUAUUCAACGCUUUAGGGAUGAGUUUGACAGAAUCUGCAGAAAGGAGGUGAAACCGAUGGGAAUAAUGGUAAUGAGAGAUGUGGCCGUUGCAAAAUCAGAAUUUCUUCAGAAUGAGAAAAUGGUUUCAAAGGUCCAAGAUUUCCAAGAAGACAAGGAACUCUUCAGAUACUGCACUCUCCCCCAGAUUCUGAAAUAUGUGGAAUGUUUCACUGGGCCCAAUAUUUUGGCCAUGCAUACAAUGCUGAUAAACAAGCCUCCAGAUGCUGGCAAGAAGACAUCCCGCCAUCCCUUACACCAAGACCUGCACUAUUUCCCCUUCCGGCCAAUCAAUACCAUUGUGUGUGCUUGGACAGCUAUGGAGCACAUUGACCGAAACAAUGGCUGUCUGGUUGUGCUUCCGGGUACCCACAAGGGCCCCCUGAAGCAGCAUGACUACCCCCAGUGGGAGGGGGGAGUUAAUAUAAUGUACCAUGGGAUCCAGGACUAUGACAAAAACAACAACCGGGUACACCUUGUGAUGGAGAAGGGAGACACAGUUUUCUUUCAUCCUCUGCUCAUCCACGGAUCUGGCCGGAACAAAACCCAGGGAUUCCGAAAGGCAAUUUCCUGCCAUUUCUCUGGUGCUGAAGGCUACUACAUCGAUGUGAAGGGUACCACUCAAGAAAACAUUGAGAAGGAAGCUGUAGAAAUAGCAAAUAAACAUUGGCAAAUGAAAGAUGUGGGCAUCACCCUGAAGGAUAUUUGGCAAUUUCGAGCCCGGCUUGUGAAAGGAGAACGACUCACCCUUUGA